UUGUGCGUCUAUCUCCCCCGUUGUUGUGUGUACACACACAGGCAGUACGCAUGAUACCGCUAGAUCGAUCGUAAACAAAGUUCCUCAUUUUCAUUUCUGCUGAAAUCUAGUUGCUGUUGCAAACUUCUUACCGACCAAACUGAGUGUAUAACCCUUACUCUGGAAGCAGCAUUUGGAUGACAUACACCUAAGGAAGUCAAGGGAGAUAGUUUGUUGUAUUUGUGGAUUGUUGUACUGACUUUUGUCGCCGAUUUGUAUUUAAAGAUGGGGUCUUGUUCAAGCACAACGAGCACACAGACGAAACAGCAAAGUCCGAACGGGAGCCCAAACCACGAGGCACCUCAGCAGAAAACGGUAUCACCAGAGCCGCAAAUUGUGCCACAGAAACAAGCAAUGGAAGGGAGUGGUGAUGCUACUUUACCACCGCCACAAACAGACAAUAAACACAUAGAAAACCACACAGAAACAUCUCCAAAAGAGCCUGAACCCGAGAAAGAGGAGGAGAAGAAAGAUGCGGAAAAACCAGCAGAGGACGUUGAACCUGCAGAGACAAGAAUGGAAGAACCGGCAGCAGCAGAACCAGCCCCAGCCGAGAAACCUGCAGAGGAAGCCCCUGCACCAUCUGAUCCAGCAGAAGAUGUAGCCCCGACAACAGAAGAAGCAGACCAACCCCCGCAAACGGAAACAUCGCCUCCUGAAACGGCAGUCGCACCCGAAGAACCGAAACAAGAAAGUGCCCCCGACGCCCCAGCAGACUCAAUUGAACAAUCCGAGCAGAUUGAUAUGCAAACUCAGGAAACUGGGGAGUCUAAUCAAAUGCAAAAAGACGCAGCGCCUUGUACGCAGGAGCCGGAGACUGGGGAGUGCCAAGAGAUGGAUGUUACGACGACGGAACCUAAGGAAGAGGAGGAUACUGGGAGGCAAAGCGUCACGGAACCCAAAACGGAAGAAGACGCAGAUAAGCCAUCGGAGCCAGCCGAGGACAACACACAGGGAGAGGUGGGCGGAGACGGAGGGGAGGGGGGUGUCGAAUAAAGAACACGACUCAACUAAGGCCGUGUCAGAAAUACCGACUUCUGCUACAGCUCUGGCUAGAUCAGUGCGUCUGCAAGUGUUGAGGAAUAGGCAGAUCUAGCCAGAGCUGUAGCCGGAGUCACCGUUUCGGUAACGGUCUUAUAACGACCUAACACACAAUGUAAUGACAUAUAGAUCUAUUUUUUGUAUAUAAUGAGAGGGGCCAUAAUACCUGACCUUGUUUUGUAUAUUUCCAGUACAAGAAAAAAACCAAGAUUAAAUCUUCUAGUUAUUUUAGGCAUUGGCUCUUUAACUCACAAUGGCAGUCUUUAAAGGCACUGGACACCUUUGGUAAUAGUCAAAGACCAGUCUUCUCAUCUGGUGUAUCCCAAAAAUAUGCAU